CCGUCUGCGUCUCCUCGGCGUGACGUCACGGUGCGAGCUGUUCCCGCGCCGCUGGUGCUGAAGGAAUGUGAAGAUUUUCUGUGAGAUCGGAGUUUAUUGCUGAGAAGCUGCGGUUAUGGCUUUGUGUUGAAUCCAGUCACAGCACGUUAACGGACUGUCCCGUUCCCGCGGAGGUGUGACGCGACGCGACGCGAUGUCUCUGCUCUGCGUCGGUGUGAAGAAGGGCAAAUAUGAUGGACCCCAGGAGAAAUUCAACACAUAUGUGACUCUGAAGGUUCAGAAUGUGAAGAGUACGACCAUCGCUGUACGCGGAAGCCAACCCAGCUGGGAGCAAGACUUCAUGUUUGAGAUAAAUCGUCUGGAUCUGGGCCUGACGGUGGAGGUGUGGAAUAAAGGACUGAUCUGGGACACCAUGGUCGGCUACGUUUGGAUUCCACUGCGGAGUAUACGCCAAUCUAACGAGGAAGGACCAGGCGAGUGGCUGACUCUAGAUUCUCAAGUUAUAAUGGCAGAUAAUGAAAUCUGUGGCACCAAAGAUCCAACCUUUCAUCGUUUGCUUCUGGACACACGCUUCGAACUGCCACUGGACAUCCCAGAAGAAGAGGCACAAUACUGGGCCAAAAAACUGGAGCAGCUCAAUGCCAUGCGAGACCAGGAUGAUUCAUAUCAGGAGGUUCAGGAGAGGCCACUGUCUGUCCCAGGAACACAGUGCUGUAACUGGUGGGGCGACCAGCAGAACAAUGAUCCAGACAGUGCGAUGGAUGACCGAGACAGUGAUUACCGCAGUGAGACCAGUAACAGCAUCCCACCGUCGUUCUUCACCGCAUCUCAACCCAACGCCUCGGUCCACCAGUAUCCCAUGAGCCACCAGCACCACAGUCCCAGCGCCCCAAACAACCACUGCGACCCGGUCUACGAUCACCAGACAGGCAUCAGCCCGACCGGGAGCUACGCAUCCUCAGCCGAGCUCAGUCACUGCAGUUCUCAACUGAGCGAAGAGUACGGCGAGCGAGAACUUUACGACGAGAACGACUCGUACCACUCCUGCCACUCGUCCGUGUCCUACAGCAAGGGCUCGCCGGACUGGGACGAGAUGCAGGGCACGUACAGCGAUGAAUGCGUCUACAGUAAAGAGGAAGGAGGAGAAGAAGGUGCUCUUUAUGAGGAAGAAGAUGCUGACCUGUAUCCAGAGGAGGUGGACAUGUUCGAGGGCGAGGAGGACUUCAACUACGUCAAUGAAGAAUUGGGACCGGUUGACGAGGACCAAGAGCUUUUGUUCACUCCAACUGCUCCAACGCUGGACGUCCCAUCAGCCACCAGACCUCCUCUGGAGAAACAGACCUCUCUUCACCAACAGUCUCAAAACGCCAGCCAACCUCAAGUCCAACAGUCCAAUCAGACUCAACCCAAACCCCCAAACCAACAAGUUCCCACCCCCCAAAAACAGCAGUCCUCAGGCCCACUCACUUCGGUUCAGUCCUUCUUCGCCAUGGCUAAGCCAUUGACUGCUGUGUUUGGUUUGGGUGGAUCUACUCCUUCUCCACCAACAACACAAUCCCAACCUCCACCAACACAAUCCCAACCUCCACCAACUCAAUCCCAACCUCCACCAACUCAAUCCCAACCUCCACCAACACAAUCCCAGCCUCAGAUGGCUCCACCUCCUGCUCCUGCCACCCAACAGAUGCCUCCACCAUCAAACAAAUCCCCUGAGCUUCCCACUCCUGCCCCAACAUCCAAUUCCAAACCUGCACUAGAACCUAAACCUCCAUCCCCAACCGAGGAGAAACCGUCAACGGUAGAGCCACCAAUGGAGGAGGAACCUCCACUUCAAGAAGAUGGCUUUCACGUGGAAGAACCUCCAGAUGAGGAAAUAAAGAUUGAGAGUCCACCUCCAUCUCCUCCUUUUGAAGAGGAGGAACCAGUACCUGAACCUGAGAGUGAACCUGUGAAUGAGGAGCCGAAAGAGCCGGUGGAUCCGGCGGUCAGAGCUAAAGAGAACUGGUUACGACUCUUUGAGAAAGUCCGACAGCAGUUACAGGAGGCACGAGGAGAGACAGACUCUCAGUCGCUGUGGUUUGGUAAAGGAGGGAUGGGUGGAGCGCUGUAUAGCAUCGACAGCAUGCCUGAUCUGAGGAAGAGGAAGACCAUUCCUCUGGUCCGAGAUCUGGCUAUGUCUCUAGUGCAGAACUCUCGUAAGGCUGGCAUCACGUCUGCUAUGGCCUGUAGCACACUCAACAAUGAGGAGCUGAAGAGUCACGUGUAUAAGAAGACGCUGCAGGCUCUGAUCUACCCCAUCUCCUGCACCACGCCGCACAACUUCGAGGUGUGGACGGCCACGACACCCACCUACUGCUACGAGUGCGAGGGUCUGCUGUGGGGCAUCGCGCGUCAGGGCAUGCGCUGCUCCGAGUGCGGCGUCAAGUGCCACGAUAAGUGCCAGGACCUGCUCAACGCCGACUGCCUGCAGAGAGCUGCUGAGAAGAGCUCGAAGCACGGCGCUGAAGACCGAACGCAGAACAUCAUCAUGGUUCUGAAGGACCGCAUGAAGAUCCGCGAGCGCAACAAACCCGAGAUCUUCGAGCUGAUCCAGGAAGUGUUCGACAUCCCCAAGGCGAGCCACGGGACGCAGAUGAAACAAAUCAAGCAGAGCGUUCUGGACGGGACGUCGAAGUGGUCGGCCAAAAUCAGCAUCACAUUGGAUUGUGCUCAGGGUCUGCAGGCGAAGGAUAAGACUGGUUCGAGUGACCCAUACGUCACGGUUCAGGUGGGCAAAACCAAGAAGAGAACCAAGACCAUCUACGGCAAUCUCAAUCCCAUCUGGGACGAGAGCUUUCACUUUGAGUGUCAUAACUCUUCCGACCGGAUAAAGGUGCGCGUCUGGGACGAGGACGAUGAUAUCAAGUCUCGUGUGAAGCAGCGGUUCAAGCGGGAAUCCGAUGACUUCCUGGGACAGACCAUCAUUGAAGUGCGAACGCUGAGUGGAGAAAUGGACGUCUGGUACAACCUCGAUAAGCGCACGGAUAAGUCGGCCGUGUCCGGAGCGAUCCGCAUGCACAUCAGUGUGGAGAUCAAGGGAGAGGAGACCGUGUCUCCGUACCACGUUCAGUACACCUGCCUGCAUGAGCACAUCUUCAACCACACAACAGAGAAGCAGAACAGUGGCGUGGUGAAGAUCCCAGAUGCUAAAGGCGAUGAUGCCUGGAAAGUGUACUUCGAUGAGACGGCGCAGGAGAUCGUGGAUGAGUUUGCCAUGAGAUACGGAGUGGAAUCGAUCUAUCAGGCCAUGACGCAUUUCGCGUGUCUGUCAUCGAAGUACAUGUGUCCCGGUGUUCCUGCGGUCAUGAGCACACUGCUGGCCAACAUCAACGCUUACUACGCCCACACCACACAGUCCACCAACAACGUCUCUGCCUCCGACCGCUUCGCUGCAUCCAACUUUGGGAAAGAGCGGUUUGUGAAACUGUUGGAUCAACUGCACAACUCUCUGAGGAUAGACCUCUCUAUGUACAGGAAUAAUUUUCCAGCCAGCAGUCCGGAGAGGCUGCAGGAUCUGAAGUCCACUGUAGAUCUUCUGACCAGCAUCACUUUCUUCAGGAUGAAGGUGCAGGAGCUGCAGAGUCCACCGAGAGCGAGUCAAGUUGUUAAAGACUGUGUGAAAGCGUGUCUCAACUCAACAUACGAGUACAUCUUUAAUAACUGCCAUGAGCUCUACAGCCGGGAAUACCAGAAUGACCCAUCGAAGACGGUUCCUCCUGAAGAACAGGGACCGAGUGUCAAGAACCUGGACUUCUGGUCCAAACUCAUCACCCUCAUCGUUUCCAUCAUAGAGGAGGACAAGAACUCGUACACGCUCUGCUUGAACCAGUUUCCUCAGGAGCUGAACGUGGGAAAGAUCAGUGCGGAGGUGAUGUGGAACAUGUUUGCUCAGGACAUGAUGUAUGCGAUGGAAGAACACGAGAAACAGCGACUGUGUAAGAGCGCUGAUUACAUGAACCUGCACUUCAAGGUGAAGUGGCUCUACAACGAAUACUGCAAGGAUCUGCCGUGUUUCCAGGACCGUGUGCCAGAGUAUCCAGCCUGGUUUGAGCCCUUCGUGAUCCUGUGGCUGGAUGAGAAUGAGGAAGUGUCUAGAGAUUUCCUGCACGGCGCUCUGCUCCGGGACACAAAGGACGGGUUCCAGCAGACGUCGGAGCACGCGCUCUUCUCCUGUUCGGUGGUGGACGUCUUCUCCCAGCUCAACCAGAGCUUCGAGAUCAUCAGGAAGCUGGAGUGUCCUGAUCCGCAGAUCGUUGGGAAUUACAUGAAGAGGUUUGCUAAGACCAUUGGAAAUGUUCUUCUGUCUUACGCCGACAUCAUUGCCAAGGAUUUUCCCAAUCACUGCAACAAGGAGAAAGUGCCUUGCAUCAUUAUUAAUAAUAUCCAGCAGCUGCGAGUCCAGCUGGAGAAGAUGUUUGAGGCCAUGGGAGGGAAAGACUUAAAUGUGGACGCCAGUGACUUUCUGAAGGAUCUUCAAGUCAAGCUGAACAAUGUUCUGGAUGAUCUCAGCCGGAUCUUUGCCGUGAGCUUCCAGCCGCACAUCGAGGAGAGCGUGAGGCAGAUGGGAGAUAUUCUCAGUCAGGUGAAAGGAGUAAACGUUCCUGCUAACGGUAACGGCAGCUUAGCACAAGACGCAGACUACGUCCUGCAACCCAUCAUGGACUUCCUGGACAGCAAUCUGACUCUGUUCGCUAAGAUCUGUGAGAAGACGGUUCUGAAGCGAGUGCUGAAGGAGCUGUGGAAGCUGGUGAUGAACACCAUGGAGAAGACCAUCAUCCUGCCUCCGCUGACCGACCAGACGGGCACACAGCUCAUCUUUAAUGCUGCUAAAGAGUUGGGUCAGCUCUCCAAACUGAAGGAGCACAUGGUGCGAGAGGAGGCCAAAGCGCUGAGCCCUAAACAGUGUGCAGUCAUCGAGCUCGCACUGGACACUAUUAAGCAAUACUUCCACGCUGGUGGUGUGGGUCUGAAGAAGACGUUUCUGGAGAAGAGUCCUGAUCUUCAGUCUCUGCGCUAUGCUCUGUCUCUCUACACGCAGGCCACAGAUAAACUCAUCCGGAAGUUCAUCCAGUCGCAGCACACUCAGGUUCUGGGUGGUAAAGGCGUGCGAUACACUCACAGUGAAGACGUCUAUCCAGAGAAAGCCUCAGGCGUGGAUGACGCGGUGGGUGAGGUUUGUAUGACUGUGGAGAUCUCCAGCGAGCCGAACACAGGAGGACACAAGAUCACAGUUAAAGUUGUGGCAGCCAAUGAGCUUCGCUGGCAGACGCAGGGAAUAUUCCGGCCCUUCGUGGAGGUUUACAUCAUCGGGCCGCACCUCAGCGACAAGAAGAGGAAGUUUGCCACCAAAUCCAAGAACAACAGCUGGUCUCCGAAGUUCGACGAAUCCUUCCAGUUUGUGCUGGGCGCUGAGCUGGGUCCCGAGGGUUACGAGCUGCAGGUGUGUGUGAAGGAUUACUGUUUCGCUCGAGAGGACCGGACCGUGGGGAUGACUCUGCUUCAGAUGAAGGAGCUGACGUCCAGAAGCAGCGCCACCUGCUGGCUCCCGCUCGGCAGACGCAUCCACAUGGACGAGACGGGGCUCACCGUGCUCCGCAUCCUCUCGCAGCGAUCCAACGACGAGGUGGCCAAAGAGUUCGUCAAGCUGAAGUCAGACCAGCGCUCGGCCGAGGAGGGCAGCUGAAGCCCCCAGACUCAGAGUAAACCAAGAUCAGACACUCACAUCUGCACAGACCGAAAACAGAAACCCCGAAUCUACCCCAGAGACUUAAACUGGUUUUGUGCUGCAGGGACAGAUAUUUCUCGACCCUGUUUACUUCCAUUACAGAUCAUGAGUUUGAGUCAAAUCAUACACAGUUAAUUUUUUAAUAAUCGGUGUUGUUUUUCAUGAUUUCUAUUGUUUGUUUUUUUAAUGUCAUUUUAUUUCAGUUUCAUUCUAACUUGAAACCAAAAGAAUU